UCACACGACUGCGAAGAAGAAGCGGCUGCCUCUCUCUCUGUACUGCUGCUGCUAUCUCCCAGCCUCUCAGGUGAUCCCUCGAUGUUUUUCUCAAAAAUUAUGAGCGAUGAAUAUGGAAUCGCAAAUCAAGCAUGCUUUGGUGGUCAAGGUUAUGGGCCGAACAGGUUCAAGGGGGCAGGUCACCCAGGUGAGAGUUAAGUUUCUGGAUGAUCAGAAUCGGUUUAUCAUGAGGAAUGUGAAGGGACCAGUCAGAGAAGGUGAUAUCCUCACUCUGCUGGAGUCUGAGAGGGAAGCUAGAAGACUCCGAUGAUGGAUCCCCCUUUCUCACUCUCAUCUACUGGUUAUCAGUUGCAAGUGUUGUGUUAUUUACCAGUUUUGCAGAUGUCACUCUCUAGUAGUUUUAGUUUUUCUGGGAUAAGACACUUAUUUCUUAAUAACUGGUUCCAUCUUAUGGAUUUUUCAUUUUAAUAGUGUUUCAGGAAUACACAAGUUUGCAUUCUUAUUCGGAUUGCUGUAUCCUUUGAGGUGCAAUUGUUGGUUAAAGGUUUUAUAUUUCAUGAAAAUUUAGAAUCACACCUUUCAUGGCCGUA